CCUGUAAGUAACGCCCUCGCCGGCUUUCGCUUUCCUAUCUCGUUGACCCAGAAGUCCCCGCACUUCCGCUGUACGGCUGGCCCUUUGCCACGAUGGCCGCGCCCGUAGGCUAUCACCGAAGGGCGCCGCCAUCGCAGCUGCCGGACCCGCUACGGCCCCUCUCCGGGUAGUCGUCAUGUCGGUCUCCAGCGGCUACCGGAUUUUGACAAAGCCAGAGACCGUGGACCGGAGGAGAAGUGCGGGAACGACCAAAGAGGCCGGGCGACCACUGGAAAUGGCUGUGUCCGAGCCCGAGGCCAGCGCCGCGGUGAGGGCUGUGAUGAGGCAGGGUGUUUUGGCGGUCAGAGAUGGUCUAAUUGCGGGGCAGUGAUUGGAGUAGUCUGUGAUGAUAGGUGAUUUGGCAAUUGGUGAAAUCGAUGCUAAAGGGUCCCUUGGGAGGUCAGUGUUCUGAGUUAUCUGUGGAGUUAGUGAUUUGGCUUUAGGAUAUCAGUAUUCUGAGGGAUCUGCAGAGACAAUGAUGGGGAGGCGUCUCUGGCAGUCACUGAAUGUCAGAGUUUGGAAGGGGAUCAGAAAUGGGGACUUUGUGAUGUGUCAGAGAUAGGGAAGGACUGUGGGAGUUGGCGAUUUGGGGUGUCUAUGGCAGCCAGCGAUUAUGGGUGCCUAUGGUGGUUACAGCCUGGAUUAUCAAAGAUGGUCAGUGUUGGGAUUUGGGAAAUUAAGUGACUGGGAACAUCUGGGAGGAUCAGGGAUUGGGGCUUGGGAGUCAGUGACGGUGAUGUUUGUGCAAGUUUGAUUAGCAGUAUCUUUGACGGUCAGUGGGUAAUGGAGGAAUCAGGGGGCCAGUGAGGGGGGAAUAUGACUGUUGGAGUUUGGGGAGUCAAUGUUGAGAUGUCUCUGGGGAUAGUAGAUGAUUUGUAUGCCAUCUGGGGAGAAAAGGUAAUUGGGGAUGAAUGCAAGUCAAUGAUUAGCUGAUGUCUAGCAGUAAUAACUGUGCUUUGAGUAAUGAGGUGAUUAGUAGGAAUUAAUGAUUGAGGACCCUCUAUGAUUCUGUGACUAGAAGCCUAAGGGGUCAGGAGUUUGAGGGGAUUGCUGGGUUUAAUAAUUGAGGGUUCUUUAGUGGUCAGUGAUUGGAAGUCUGUGGAGAUUAAUGAUUGUUCUGUGGAGAGUGAUAGUUGGGAACUUGUAGAGAUCCAUAAUUGGGAGAAGUUUGUGAAGGUUAGUAAUGGGGAAUAUUUGGGUGUCAGUGAUUGAAAACUUGCAGGAACAGUAGGAACAGACAGACUGUAAGAUGAGCACUUAUUUUAUGCCAGGGAGUGUUUUUGAUUUUGUUUGUUGUUGUUGUUUUACAGUCUCUGCUUUGUCCUCAAAACCAGGGAAUGUUUUAAACGCUGGAGAGAUGCCAGGAAACAGAACCAGAAUCCCUCCCUCAAUGACUUACAUUCUAGAAAUUUGAAAGAUAUGAUAAAAUAUAAACAAAUAAAAUUAUUCCAGACACUAAUAAGUGCUGAAGUAAGUAAAAGAGAAUGAUGUGGUAGAGCGUGAUUGAGGGUAGGGAGUGCAUGACUUUAGCCAGGUUAGUCACGGAAAGCUUUCCUUAGGAAAUGACAGUUGGCUUGAGGCAUAAAUCAUCACAAGGAGGCAGCCAUGUAGAGAUCUGAAGAAAGAGUGUUCCAGGAAGAAAAUAAACAUCAACUGCAAAGGACCUGAGGAGUGGAAGCAACUGGAUUCUGCUCAGAGGAACGUGUAUCAUGAUAUGAUGCUGGAGAACUACAGCAACCAAGCCUCAAUGGGGUAUCAAGCUCCCAAACCAGACGUGAUCUCCAAGUUGGAAAAAGGAGAAGCACCAUGGUUGGGGAAGGGAAAAAGACCCAGUCAAGGUUGUCCAAGUAAAAUAGCAAGAUCCAAGCAAAAAGAAACUGAUGGAAAAGUCCAGCAAGAUGAUGACCAGCUUGAAAAUAACCAGCAAUCUCAAAACAAACUCCUCAGGGAAGUUGUAGUCAAAAAGAAAACUCAAACUAAGGAGAAUGGCAGUGACUGUGGUUCACUGGGGAAAAAAAAUAAUUUGCAUACAAAACAUAUUCCUUCAAAGAAAAGGCUUCUUAAAUUUGAGUCACAUGGAAAAAUUUUGAAACAGAAUUUAGAUUUACCUGAUCACUCAAGAAACUGUGUAAAAAGGAAAUCUGAUGCAGCUAAAGAACACAAGAAGUCAUUCAACCGCAGCUUAUCUGAUACAAGGAAAGGCAAAAAGCAAACUGGAAAGAAACAUGAGAAAUUAUCCAACCAUAGCUCAUCUGAUAAGUGUAACAAAACUGGCAAAAAACAUGACAAAUUAUGCUGUCAUAGCUCAUCCCAUAUUAAACAGGACAAAAUUCAAACUAGAGAGAAACAUAAGAAAUCAUCCAGCCUUAGCUCAUCUACUAAGCAUGAAAAACCUCAAGCUUGUAUGAAACCCUAUGAAUGUAAUCAAUGUGGGAAGGUUCUCAGCCAUAAACAAGGACUCAUUGACCAUCAGAGAAUUCAUACUGGGGAGAAACCAUAUGAAUGUAAUGAAUGUGGGAUAGCCUUUAGCCAAAAGUCACACCUUGUUGUACAUCAGAGAACUCACACCGGAGAAAAACCAUAUGAAUGUAUUGAGUGUGGCAAAGCCCAUGGUCAUAAACAUGCACUCACUGACCAUCUAAGAAUUCAUACUGGAGAAAAGCCCUAUGAAUGUGCUGAAUGUGGGAAAACCUUCAGACACAGCUCAAACCUUAUUCAACAUGUGAGAUCUCACACAGGUGAGAAGCCGUAUGAAUGUAAGGAAUGUGGCAAGUCUUUUAGGUAUAACUCAUCUCUUACCGAACAUGUGAGAACACAUACAGGUGAAAUACCAUAUGAAUGCAAUGAAUGUGGAAAAGCCUUUAAGUAUAGCUCAUCGCUUACUAAACACAUGAGAAUUCAUACAGGUGAGAAACCCUUUGAAUGUAAUGAAUGUGGGAAAGCUUUCAGCAAGAAGUCACACCUCAUUAUACAUCAAAGAACUCAUACUAACGAGAAACCUUAUAAAUGUAAUGAGUGUGGAAAAGCCUUUGGACAUAGCUCAUCUCUUACUUACCAUAUGAGAACUCAUACAGGUGAAAGUCCCUUUGAAUGUAAUCAAUGUGGGAAAGCCUUUAAACAAAUUGAAGGCCUUACUCAGCAUCAGAGAGUUCAUACUGGAGAGAAACCGUAUGAGUGUAAUGAAUGUGGGAAAACCUUUAGCCAAAAGUCUCACCUUAUUGUACAUCAGAGAACUCAUACUGGGGAGAAACCUUAUGAAUGUAAUGAAUGUGAAAAAGCCUUUAAUGCAAAGUCACAGCUUGUUAUACAUCAGCGAUCCCACACUGGAGAGAAACCCUAUGAAUGUAAUGAAUGUGGGAAAACUUUCAAACAAAAUGCAUCCCUAACCAAACAUGUGAAAACUCAUUCGAAAGCGAAAUCUCACGAGUGACAAUGUGGCAAAUUUGUUAACUAAAUUUAAAAUUUUGUUGAACCUUGGAAAUAUACUGAAUUUAAAGAGUGUUAGAAAGCCUUUAGCAAGAUAUCACACCUUGUUAUACAUGAGAAACUUUGAAAAUGGAUCUCCAUAUAGAAUCAGUGGAUGGAAACAAGGGUUUAAACUUGAUACAAAACCUUUUAUAAAAAAUAUUGUUUUAACAAUACUCAAUUAUUAUAAAUGAUCUACAUGUUCAGAUUGAAAUUGAAAGCUUAAAACUUGUGAAUAAUUUGAAUAUUCAAAGCAAUGGAGAAACAAGUUAUAUAUGCUGACAGUUCCUGUGUUUCUUCUUGUUUUGUACUUAAGCACCAUAUAUUAUAGUUGAAUUUGCAUAUCUGUUUAUUGCCUUAUGUAAAUGAGCGUGGCCAUUUGUAUAAGCCUCUUUGAUAUUUUCACCCAGCUCUUUCUUAAUGUCUGUGUUGACUUCUGCAUCAGCAGAAAUCUUUUUGAAAGGGUUGUUAUAUUUGUAAAAAGUAUUAACAGGAAAACGAGAAAAUAAAGCAGCUGAGGAUACAAAUGUGCUGGUAGGGAGUGGUAUUCAAGAUAUACUGUGAAGUGUAAAAAAGCAGGUUGCUGAACCAUGUAUAUAUUAUAUUCCCCUUUGUGUACAAAAGGGUAUGUUUGUUUAACCUCUGUCUCUUAUCUCUGUAUGUGUAUAUAUCUUAGUAUGCAUAUAUACAUGUAUUUGUAUGUGAAUAGACUUUGAAAAAAAUACAGAAUAAACUUCAUGGUGGUUGCCAUUGGGCACAGGAGUAUAGGAUUGGGUUCUAGGAUAGGAGCAAGACUUCCUUCUAUAUUUGGAUUUUUAAAUCAUGCACAUGUAUUUUUAUAAUUAAAAUAUUUUAAUAUGCACAAAUCAACAUUAUUUAAGGUUGUCACUGAACCCCUCCACAAUGUUGUUUGACAGAGUUAAAAUCUUUGUAUGAUUAUUCAUGAAUGAUGAUGAAUCGAAAGUAUAUAGUAUGAAACGAUGUUGAAUUCAUAAAGACUUUUCCUAUCAAACACACGUUCUUUCAUUAACAUGGUGAAUUAUAACAGCACUAUGUUUCUACAUUUACCAUUUUUUCAGACUGAUGAUGAAUUGUGAUUGCAGGUGAAUGAAAGUGAUUUUCUGAAUAAUCACCCCGUUUUAUCUCAUAUUCAAAGAACUAACAUACAAACACCUCAAUCAGGGAAUGCAAAUGAAACAAAUGUCACUCCUCCCUGUUCUUGCUCAAUAUUGGGCAUUAUUUACUGGAUCACUGUACUCUUUCUGAGUGAACCCAGAGUUGGCCUCAGAAUCAUUGUGCAGCAUGCAUUCCAGAAGGUACUAUGCAUCAACUUGGACCGUCACAGGAGACCUCUUUGCCAUUGCACACCUGAAUUUUUUUUACUCUUGAGCUAUAGAUUAAAAAUACUUCUGGCUGGGCAUGGUGGAUACCUGUAAUCUCCAGCAGUUUGGGAGGCCAAGGUGGGUGGAUCACUUGAGGCCAGGAGUUUGAGACCAGACUAGCCAACACAGUGAAACCCCAUCUCUACUAAAAAUACAAAAUAUUAGCGGGGCAUGCUGUAAUCCCUGUAAUCGCAGCCGCUCCGGAGGCUGAAGCAAGAGAGUUGCUUGCACCCAGGAGGUGGAGGCUACAGUGCACUCCAGCCUGGGCAACAGAGUGAGGCUCUCUCUCAAAAAAAGAAACACAAAAAACCCACAAAACUCCUGAACUAUUUUAAACUCUAAGUUGUUACACUAAAAGCAGAGACGUAAGUACAGAUGUAAGUACAGAAAUAUUUUAAUACAAUAUUAACUUACAUAAUUAAUAUAAAAUAUUGUAAUUUGGCAUAUUAUCUUUUAUAUUUUUUAAAGCACAAUCCCUACGUUAUUUCAUUUAUUCCUCAGAACUAACAUAUGAGCAGUUACCAGGAUGUGUCUAGUCAUGUUCAAUUCUGUUGAGUAAAUAUUUCACCUAGAUAGUAGUUCAGCAUAAUAAUGGGCCCUAAAGAAAUAUGUGCUUAAAUGCCAUCUUUACAAAUAUUUAUCAUUCAAGCUCCUUCCUUCCUGACCUCAUUUCAGAGAAUUAUAAUGUGUUAAUAUAAUAUAUUGAGAAUGGAAUAUGCACACAUGCAUACACAUGCAUGGGUUGAAAGCUCAACUCAUGAAUAUAUCCCCUCAUUUCCAAGUAACUUAUUUAUCGCAUGGGAAGAAAAUGCAGUAUGAAAGCCAUUUCCACCAAUAAUUUCUUAACAAGUGGAAAUAUGACACUCUGCACAGAAUGAGUCAUCACUGUCUAGAGCUGUAGAAAGCCUGCACUUUUUAGAAGGAUGAAACAGUUGCAGGUUAUGGCUAUGUUGAAUUUCCACAUGUCUUGGGGAACCCAUAGUAUUGCCACACCUGAGACAGUGAGAAUUAUAGGUAUGCCUGAAUGGUAUAAAUGAAUGCUGAAAGCCGUUUUGUGCAGUAAUAAAAUGAAUUAAAAGUUAGCAUUGAUGAACGAAGAAAGGAUGUCUAAAUACAGUUAGAGGUUAGUAUAGGAAAACAGACACACAGAGAUAAGUCUGAAUCAAUGAUACGUAAACUUUAGUGUGCAUAAAAAUUGCCUGAAUGAUUUGUUAAAGCAUAGACUUUAGAAUGCAAAUUCUUGGGCCUCAUCACAGACGUACUGGAUCAGAAACCCUGUGGAUGGGGCUUGAGAAUUUGCAUUUUAAUAAGUUUCCAGAGGAUUCCUGUACUGCUGGUCUGGGGACCAGCCUUUGAAAACCACUAAUCUACAUCAUUGUGUAAGUAAGUUUAAAAAAUUAUUUUUAAACUUUUUUUGAGAUCCUCUUUAAAAAAAUGAAGGGGCAUAAAAGUAAAUUAUUAUUAACAACAGUUUUGAAACAUUUAUUUAUUCAAGUGAUAUGAUCAUCUAAGUGCCUGAGAUACAGCAGUCUACAAAACAAAAAGAAAGCAAACAAACAAAACCCUGUUCUCAUAGACCUUAAUUCUAGAGGAGGACAUAGGCAAUAAAUAAACAACUACAAUAUAAAGUAUAACAGAUCAUCGCAUGGCAAAAAGCAAGCCAAGGAAGGGGAGGGAAGUGUUGCGGAAUACAAUUUUAAAUAUAGUGAUGGGAAGCAGGCAGUAAGCUUACUUAGAUGGUGACAAAAGCAAAGACCCAGAGAGGGUAAAAGAGCAACCUACGUGUGUGUAUAUAUAUGAUGGAAGAGCAUUCCAGGCAUAUAUUUUUUGGAAUCUGAGGGUGUGGGAAGAGAAAGAUGCUAAACUCCUCUGACAUAAAGAAGAGGAAAAAAAGUAGAAACAUUUUUUCUUAAAUCAAGAUUUAAAAAAAUAAUUACGUUUGUGAGAGGCAGAAAACAAUCUGUCACACACUGCUUUUGGUAGUUGUAUAAGUUUGUACAACCUACCAAAAUGUAAAUCUGACAGUAUAUAUCAAAGCCUUAUGGUCGGGAGUCCAUCACAGAAUCUAUUCUGUGUUACACAAUUAGGGCGUACUAUAAUAUUUAUUGCACAACAGAGAGAAAUCAGAUAUACAUUGCUAGUUAAUUGAUUAAAGUAUGAUACCUUCAAAAUUUGAGUAAUAUGACAUUAAAAACCACAACUUGAAACUAUAUUUAAGAAGAUACAAAUGAUUCUAUAUUAUUACUUUUACUCUCAGGAAUGUGUUUGAAUGAUGCGUCUCCAGAUGUCAAGUGAGUAAUCCAAUAUUGAAGAAAAUUAAAAUUUUCCACAAAGUCCCCCUUCUAGAAGAAUGUGCUCACAUCUUUUGACCAGAAAUAAGUCACAUGACCACACCUAGUUUAAUGAGAAGUUUGAGGAAAUGGAAUCUUUUUCUUUGUUUGUUUUAUUUUGUUUUGAGACAAGGUCUCUGUCACCCAGACUGGAGUGUGCAGUAGUGCAAUCUAGGCUUAUUGCAAUCUCUACCUCCCAGGCUGAAGCACCCUCCCACCUUAGCCUUCCGAGUAGCUGGGACUACAGGUGCAUGUCACCAAGCUAAUUUUUGUAUUUUUUUUUUAAUUUUGUAGAGACAGAGUUUCACCAUGUUACUCAGGCUGGUUUCAAACUCCUGGGCUCAAGUGAUCUGGCCACCUAGGCCUCUCAAAGUGCUGUGAUUCAAAGUGUGAGCCACCACACCUGGCCAAAUCUUUAAUUUCUUAACCUUUAUCAUAUAGGAAAUAAAGAGACAUGGGCAUUGAAAAAUAGAUGUUAUACAAACCAACCUAUAGCAUCUAAAAUACUAAAUAAAAAGGUUACAAAACUAUAUGCACAUUAGAAUUUUAAUUUAAAUAUAGAUAUUGUUUAUACACACAAAUACAUAUGAUGAAAAAUGCAUCUUAUCAUUAUGUGGAUAGUGGUUCUUCCAGGAUUGUGGGUUUAAGAGUAAGUUUUAUGUUUUUGUAAUCAAUUUUUAUAUUCUCAUGAAUCAAUUUUUUUUUUUUUUUUUUUUUUAAGUAAUAACAUUUCUGAUAUGGCCAAGUGGAUUCCUACUGGGCAUGGCCCUCCCACAGAUAAUUAUAUAAACUCUGGACAAAACACGCAAACACACACACACCCCAAUGAUCCAAUGGUACUGAAGAAUGAACAAAAGCAGGCAUAUUAUGUGAAAGAGUUGAAUCUUGGAAGAAAGGAAUGGCAGGGGGUUAGAUCACAUUUUUAAGGCUGUUUGCUUGAAGAUAGGCUGAAUUUAAUGUAACAGAGGGGAAUAAUUUGAUAGAAAAAAAAUCUUUUUGACAUGAAAAACCAUAGGACAAAGUUCAGGGCAACCACAGUCACUGGAAAGUGAGGGAAGAGUCUCAGAAAGAGGAACUCAAAAGAGUGGACAGCCCAAAUUCUGUGCAUAAACUGCCCAAGUCUCUGGAUGACCCCUGAGCUAUGCAUGCAUAGGAUACGCUAAGGACAAAAAAACUGAGCUUUCAUUUGUGCUACUGGCCUAGAGACAGCAUUUGAAGUUUGAGUUUAACUAAGUUCAUUAUUAAAUGAAGCAAAAACAUUAGCACUCUGCAGAGGAGCAUGACAGAGUCCAGAAUCUCCACAUCUUAACCAUUCAUGUUAUGUAGGACACAACUUUUAAAAAUUGCCUGACAUUCAAAGAAUUAAGAACAUGUGACCUCCCAUUUCAAGAAAAUAGACAAUAAACCCAGGUGAUGGAAUGAGCAUAUGAGAAUAUUAAGGUAGAUAUUGUAACUAUGCUUAAUAAAUUAAAAAUAAAAUAUUCUCACAAGGAAUGUAGUUUUUUAAAAACUCAAUGAAACAAAUAGAAACUACAAAGAAAUACAAAUGAAAAUUCUACAACUGUAAAUACACUGAAAUUAAAAAAUCACUGAAUAAAUUUGCCUGCAGAAUAAAAAUGACAGGGGAGCCAGUUAACUUGAAAUAGAUCAGUAGAAAUUUCCCAAACAAAUGAGUAAAAAAAAAAAAUGAGAAGAAAUGAACAGAACCUCAGCGAAC